AUGAUCAAACAGUGGUUAUUGCUGACCGCUGGAAUAAUCGGUGGUAAAGGCCAAGGAAAUGGAUCACAUCAAUUGUAUUGGCCAACUGAUGUAUUACUUGACAACGAGACGGAUAGUCUCAUUAUUUGCGAUUGGGGGAAUGACAGAAUUGUACGAUGGUCUCGUCGUAGUGGUACAACACAAGAUGAAAUACUCAUCAACAACAUCGAUUGUUGGGGAUUAGCAAUGGAUGAACAGAGAUAUCUCUACGUCACUGACCGCGGAAAACAUGAAGUAAGACGACAUCAAUUGGGUGAGAAGAAUGGCACUCUCGUAGCUGGUGGUAACGGCAAAGGCGAUGGACUCAGUCAACUCAACGUGCCGGCAUAUCUCUUUGUCGAUCGAGAUCAUUCAGUGUACGUAUCAGACUGGAACAAUCAUCGUGUGAUGAAAUGGGUGGAAGGUGCGAAAGAAGGUAUUGUGGUCGCUGGAGGACAAGGCAAAGGGAAUGCUCUGACACAAUUGUCUGAUCCUAAUGGAAUCUUCGUUGAUACGUUGGGUACACUCUAUGUAGCAGACCAGGGGAAUCAUCGUGUAAUGCGUUGGACUCAAGGAGCGAAACAAGGCACUGUAAUUGUGGGUGGAAAUGGUGAAGGAAAACGAGCAAAUCAGUUCAACUAUCCCGUUGGUUUGUCUUUCAAUCGACAAGGUAAUCUCUAUGUCGCCGAUAGUAAUAAUAAUCGUGUUCAACGAUUUUCUAUCGAAUAA